AUGUUCGGGGUCUUGUGCCUCCUUGUUUGUGCCUACUCCUUCGCUCUUGGAAGAGUUACGGUAAAUCAUUUGAAUUCUGGUAUUCUCUUCGAAAAACAAGAUUCGCUCAUCUUUUCGGACAAUGUUUAUUCCAUUGUGCUUGACUUCAAUUUAGUUCAACUUGAAAAUGAAAGUAAACAAGUGGAUGUUUUUCUGAACAAAGUUAUUUCACUGAAUAGUGGUCAUCACGAUGACGAAGCUUGGAAUCAGAAUUUUGCGUUUGUGGUCAAACAACUACAAGAAAACUUUAUUGCAUACAAAACUGAGACUAUGGCUUUAACUUCACUUCUGCCCCAUCGCCCUAGAAGGCAAAAACGUGGUUGGUUUAAUUUUGGUGGUUCUAUAUUGAAGACAGUUUUCGGUACCCUAGAUAGUGAUGAUUUGACUGUCUUAGAGAAAAGACUGAAAGUGGUUAACGAGAAUCAAGAUGACAUUUCUAACAGUAUGUUACAUCAUAUGAUUGUGGUCAAGAAUUUAGAAGACAGAGUCAUAAACAACACUAUUCUCAUUAAAAAUUUGGCGUUACAUUAUCUAAAUAGCCAUAAUGAAUUUUACAAAGCAUUAAACAGCUCCAUCCAUGAAGUCUGGGACAAAAUCACAUUAAUAAGUUGGAGAAUUGAUCUAAAUACCCUUUUGUUUAGGGUUAGUGAGACAUUAUCUAGUGCUCGGCUGGAAAUUUCCGAUCUAAGACAAGCUAUUGAAAACAGUGUUCAUGGACAACUAAGUUCCACUCUUCUAAUACCCACGGUGUUUAUUGAUCUUUUGUUUAAAAUUCAACAGUAUAUUGCCCUACCCUUGCAUAUGUUGGCUACAAUUUCGCAUGAUAAUCUCUACAUAUUUUAUGGUUUGAGUAAAGUCCAAGCCAUCGUCUAUAAUGGUUCAUUAAAUGUCAUUGUUAACGUGCCUCUAGCAAACCAGAAUAGCAGUUUUGAGGCUUAUAACAUUUUCGCCUUCCCAUUUUUCUCUUCUGAGUUCAAACAUUAUCUUUUACUCAACGUGCACGACACUUUGUUGGUUAGUCCAGACAGAAAAAUAUUUGCUCCUGUGUUUUCUUCUUCUCUCUCGGGUUGUAAAAAAUACGGUGUAACCUUAUGUUCCCCGACCUUUCCGUUUUUUGAUGCUCAUGUCAGUAAUUGUGAGUUUAACCUUUUUCUUGGUAAACCCACUUAUGAUAUUUGUGAUAAAAGCUUUGUUUCACUGGAUUUACCUUUCCUUCAAAAAACCAAUACACUUUGGUUAUUCGCUAGUAAUCAUUCAUUGGAUGUUACCUUACUGUGUCGAUCAACUGCGGAGUCAUUUCCACCUUUAACUAUUUCUUUAAUUGGUAGUGGAUAUAUAAAUAAUGUUUCCCAUUGUGACAUUGUAAGCCCAUUUUUCAAAACUUUCGGGUCAGUAAUUUUUACUUUACAUUUCAAUCUAACUUUACCUUCUAUUCACAUACCAAAAUUUAAUUUUAACCUCAGCAAGCCGUCCUUUGCAUCACUUCCUAAUUUAACCAUCAAUGCUUCUCUUAUUAAGGAUAUUAAUGGUAUGUUAAAGUCCCGUCCUAACGGUGCUCCUUUUCACGAUGUAGUUAAUCUCUUUCGUCCGAAGCAACAACACGUUGAGUCCUACUCUCACUUUAACCUUGCUGCCAUAUCCAUAUCCUCCCUGGUCUUAAUUUGUAUCCUCAUUUUGAGCGUUAUCCUGUUCUUGAAGUUGCGCUCCAUCUCGACCACCCCCCCAAAUCCUUCACCUCCUAUCCCUUCCGGGACAAUGUUGUUUCCCUUAGCCUCGUCGUCUAAUGUGGAAUAGUAAUUUUUUUGAUAUAUAUAGCUAAGUGUUUAUGUGGGUAUUGUUGUAAUUGGGAUGUUAUUUUAGUUUUGGGACUUAUUAACUGUUGCCACUCACCGGCUGUUGCCCUUUGAGGGGAGGAGUGUGUGCCAUUGCACAUUUGUAGUAAUGCGCAUGCUCACUUUAUCUAUUUUAUAGUUAUUGUUUUUAUUUUUUUUGUAUAGCAAACUGGGAGCCAUAAAUUUUUUUUUUUGAAUUUGUAAAUCAUCUUGUAACCAACAAUUUCAGCAUAAUUUAUAUUUAUAAAAGCACAAGUUUCUGUGUUAAAAAUUGUUAUAUUAGUUUUACAACAAAAUAAUUUUACUUCUGUCCAUAAUGAAUGUUGAUUUGGGAAAUCGCACUAUAGUGUAACUCUAUUUGUUUUACAUGUGCAGUCUUUCAUGUCUCAACUCUAUGGUCUUCUUCAGUUGCACAAAAUAAUACGUCUUUCUUUUUGAAGCAUGUCGGCCAUGAUGUAACUGUUCCUUAGCUUCGGCCGUUUCUUAAUCUCUUGACAUCAAUGUCUUAAUUAAUUCUCCGUACACCGCAAGUGUGUGUGUGCGGAAGGCGUGGGUGGCCAUGGGCGCGAUUCCUUCGUGACACACAACUUCUUCGUCACCUGAGUCAUGGUGCUCCUCAGUGCCUGAUGCAGCUCGUCUAAUCAGGAAAGAUCUUCUUUGUUACUUUCUGCAUGCAGAAGAGCAACCAUGAGCCACCACAUACCAAAAGAUAAAAUUUUAACCUAACAUUUUCGGCAUUGUUUUGGACUAAUAAUUAAUUUUAUUUUUACUUAACCUAUGUAAUUUUUAACCUAUGUAAUUCUUAACAUCAAAAUCAAUGUGCUUAACUUAAAUAUCUAAAGGGGCCCCUUAUCUUAACAUUCAUUUUUACUAUAAGUAUGACUGUAUACUCAUCAACUGAUAUUAAACUUGUUAUUGUUAUUAUUUAAAGUAAAAGAAUUUAAAGAAAAGAAAAUAUAAGGAACAGAGAAACGA